AUGCAUGCGUUAAGUGAUCCGACUGACGGCGAUUUUCAGCUUGCGUGCAAGCAUAAGCAUGACAUGGUAUGUGGAAGGUGCGAAAGCCUCCGAUCCGUAUUGAAAGACAUAGAAGAGAUGCUCAAAACUCAAUCCAACAAGUUUUAUAGUAGCGAACAAAUAGAUGAUAUUCUGUUUGAUUUAGCGAGGGCUAGUGAAUCAAUAUUUGAAUGGAAAGCCCACAUUCUACGUUCCGUUCACCAAGACGAAGCCAAAAAAGAUGUGUUUGAAAAACUGGAUGGUGAGAGUUGUGUAGUAGUUAUGGAUUGGGCAAUGAAAUUCUUGCAGAUACGAUAUCGCGAAAAACAGUCCGAAUGGUUUGGGAAAAGAGGGCUAAGUUGGCAUAUAAGCAGUUUCGUUUUCAGAAAUCCUGUGACGAAAUUACUUGAAGUGGAAUCAUAUGCUCACCUCUUUGAUACAUGUACACAGGAUUGGUACGCCGUUUCUUCCAUAGUUGAACACUUGCUUCAAGUCAUCAAGACGAAAUAUCCAGCCAUUAAGAAAGUUUCGCUUCGCUCUGACGAAGCUGGCUGUUAUCACAACAGCAUGCUGAUCGCAACCAUUAACGAUAUCGCGUCAAGACUAGACAUGACUGUUGUUAGCUAUGAUUAUUCUGAGCCUCAAUACGGCAAGGAUAUAUGCGAUCGUAUUAUUUGUCCGAUGAAAGCUGCGUUGAAGAAGUUCUGUAAUGAAGGAAAUGACAUUCUUACAGCAGAGGAUAUGAGAAACGCACUAUUACAAAGACACAUCAAAGGUGCCACUACGACAGCUUGCUUGAUUGAUGAUUCAAAUACAACACUAAACAUAAAAAAGAUCAAACUGUUCACUAGGUACAAUAACAUUGGUUUUGAAAAUAAAGGCAUACGUGUGUGGCAAGCUUACAACAUUGGCCCUGGAAAACUUAUCGCACACAAAAGCAUGUACAUUGAGCAUCAAAAAGCAACUGGGUUGAUCAUCAAAGGACAUAAUUUCUUUGAGGUGAAAAAUCCACGGCAGCUCAAACCCACUGACGGACAAAAAUCGAGCACUGCUUCUGAUAUUGUAGAUGGCUGCCUGUUCGAGUGUCCAGAGCCAGGUUGUAGGAGAAAUUUUUCGACAGUCAGUGAACUUGAGAUUCAUUUAGAUGUCGGAAAACAUGAGAACCUUUUGUUACAGGAAAACUUUUACGAUACCAUGCGCAGAGAUUGGGCGGCAAGAUAUAACUCGGUAAUUGAACCCUUGACCGGAACUCAACUGACGACCAGCAGUAACCAAAAAGAGCACGUGGCUGCUGUAAACAUGGGAUGGGCUAUACACAAGCCAAAAACAGGAACCGUUAGAUUCUCUACGACCAUCAAGCAAUAUCUGACAAAAAAGUUUGAUUUGGGAGAAAAGACUGGUCACAAAGCUGAUCCCGGUGAUGUAGAGAUCGAAAUACGAAAUGCACGUUCUGAAAACAACGAAAAAAUGUUUUCUCGGGAAGACUGGCUAACCAAAACACAGAUACGCAAUUUCUUUUCCCGUUUAGCGGCAUCUCGAAGAAAGCAACAAUGGGCUAAUAGUGGAACAUCAAUCGAUGAUGAUGUCGACGAUGACUUAGAGUUGAUGGAAAGUAUUAAAGAACACAACGAAAAUGGGGAAAUACUCCAGGAAGUCGCGGACGAAAUAGGAUUGAAGCAUCCAAUUGUUUAUGAUGUGUACAACCUUUGUGAAUAUUACGCUGACGCGAAGAUAGCAAAAUUUAACAUGCAAAUGUUGAAAAAGAUUUGUAACCACUUCGAUAUUUAUUUUAAAGCGUCAAACAGAAAACAAGAACUCGUUGAUAAAAUAGUACACGUAGUUGAAGAAUGUCCGUGCACUGAAGCAACUUAG